GCCGCCUCCUCCCACGUGGUGCGGAGCAGAGGCGGGGAUUCGACGGUGCGUCAGUUCCGUUUUGCCCGUGCGGUAGAAGACCGGAGUGUGGAGUAGGACAAUGCCUAAAUCAAAGGAACUUGUGUCUUCAAGCUCAUCUGCCAGUGAUUCAGAUAGCGAAGUUGACAAAAAGGCAAAGCGGAAAAAGCAAGCAGCUCCAGAAAAGCCUAUAAAGAAACAAAAGACUGGUGAAAGUUCAAAAGGUGCAGCUUCUUCUAAGCAAAGCAGUAACAGAGACGAGAAUAUGUUUCAGAUCGGCAAAAUGAGGUAUGUCAGCGUUCGUGACUUUAAAGGGAAAGUCUUAAUUGAUAUUAGAGAAUAUUGGAUGGAUCAAGAAGGUGAAAUGAAGCCUGGCAGAAAAGGUAUUUCUUUAAAUCCAGAACAGUGGAACCAGCUGAAGGAACAAAUUUCUGAUAUUGAUGAUGCAGUAAGAAAACUGUAAAGACAGAGCCAUACAGGAACUGCUAUCAUUUAGUUGUUUCAAGAGGUCUUUUUACAUUGGCUUUUGUUUCUAAAAUAUUGUUUUCCAAGCUAUUGUAUAUUUGGAUUGCAAAACGAUUUGUAAGAUGAAUACUUUUUUUAUGUGCAUUAAAAGUGUAUUCUGAGUGAGGCUAUUUGUGUAUACUUUACUAAAAGGAAAUGUGUUGCUUUCACCUGGUGGUGUAUAAUAAACAAAUCAAAUAAUAUGUAAAGCAUAUUUGUUUAUGGCCUUUUGAUUGAAGGUGUUUGGUAAGGCCAACUAAUAGCUUUAGUCUUUGUUUUAGUUUCAGUUGAGUUAACAGUUAAUAUAAAUUUGUUUUCUGAAGAGACUUCUUAAAAUGUCUCCAUUUAAUUUUUUCUUUUAUUUCAUACUCUUCAGUAUUGCCCUGACAGCUUUCUGCUUUAAGACUUGAUACAAACAGUGAACACUUGAUAAAACACUUUUUUGUACAUAAUUUUAAAUACUGUAAUUUGCUAAAUUACUGUUUAAUGUAAACAGUCCAGAGAAUAUACAUUUUUUUGCAUUACUUGCAUGAAGUGUUAUGUUAAACCAUAAUGCUUGAACACAAGCCACAUGUGAUUUCUUCCCAUUUUCAUAUAGUUUGCUUGACUUAGAAAAAAAUAAUAAGCCUUUUUAAUUUGACCCUAGAUUUUAGAAUGUAAUGCAUAAACUUGUACAGUAAUAGAUAUAUACCUCAGAGUAAGAUAGUAUUUAAAAGCUCCAAAUAUGUUUAUUAGGUACCUGUCUCAAGCUUUGCAUUAAAUUAAUUCUUGAACACAUACUAAAUAGUUGUUCUAUAGAAAAGAACAGUUAACCUGUCUCUGUAGGGUUUUUGUUCUUUUGAGAGUAGUGUCUAAACAAUGAUACUUAAACUAGGCUGUAACACAGGUUAAACAGUCACAGGGUUAAAAUUGCUUCAGCCAAAAUGUCUGGCUGUCAUGCCUCUGUUCUGUCCACACUGUCUGCCUAAACCACUUAACUUGGCUUGCUUUGUGUGGCUUAUGUGUGUACAGCUGUUUUACCUUUUGUACAGAAGAUACUUAGUGCUUAUAGUGGAGCGCUGGUACAUAGUGGAUCAUGACUCUAGUGAACUUGUCAAACAUUAUACUAUUCUGGUAAGAGAAGCUUCUGCACGGUGGAAGUUUUAUUAGACUGGAUGCUGCCCUAGUUGAAAGGACUUCUUGGUAGGUGUUGCGAACAAUGCAACAAAGAAGGGAGACUGAUGUUUGAGUAGAACUUGGAGAGAUAAGGGGCAUGCCAGUAUGGAAAUUGAAGGUGAAAGAUCAAAGUUACUUGACACACAAUGACUAUAGUGAAGAAAUGUAUAUUAGCAAAAUUGGAGAAGAGUUACUUUUCUGGCUUAAGUUAAUCAAAGGAAGAAGAUGAAAUAACUUCAUGAAAAUGGAUUUCAGGACUAUGUAGUAAAUGUACAACUUAAUUGGUUCAGCUGUAAUUUUCCCAUUUGACAUUAAACUUAAUGUAGUUUUGCAAUAUUCUGUAGACAAAUAGGAUUUACUAUUUCUUAAAUUUGGGAAUAUCUUAAUGUCAUCGUUUAUAUUGCAGAUAUUCAUGGAAGUGCCAUAUGCUGACUGUUUCUGUGCAGCAGAGUUUCUAAUUUGAUACAAAUAGGUAUGGAAGGGUGACUUCAUCAAAUUAAACACAUAUGAUUCAAAUAUAUCAGAUACCUCCACCUGCUUUAACUUACCCAUUGUUGACAUAUUACAGAUAAAGUUAAAAUCUGUUUUUGUAUAACUUAGGAAAUCUGAGUUUCUAAGAACUGCUUGAGGGUGAAUAAAAGGGUGAAGAGAUGUUUAGUGGUAGCAGAUGCAUUUUUUGGACACUACAUUCUUUGAGUGACUUCUAAAGGCAGGUAGGGAUGCUUGGACCAAACAGAAUAAAUAUGAAAUAUCUGCUAAAGCUUCACAGAUGACUGAAUGAAACAACUUGCUUCAGAUCACUAUUGACAGGUUCUAGCUGUUUUUUAUUUGCUGUAUGUAUAUAUGAUUUUUUCAUAUAAAUCUGAAAUUUUAUAACCAGAUUUCACGCAUUUUACCUCAAAACUUUCAUGUGGCUACUUUUGAAGUGCAUGGUGAUAUUAGAGGAAACAUUGUCCUCACUUAGAUUACUGUGGUAGUAUGUCGUUGGAUGGCAGUUGUGUAUCAGGGUACAGUAUAAUUGUGUUCAGAAAGGUGGAGAAUUAAAUUCAUUCACUUGGGGGGGAGUAAGUGAAAAAGUUUUAAUAGUGAUUAGUUCUUUUGUGGAAACUGAUGGCAGAGGUGUUCAAAGAAAUUAGUGCUUGUUAACCAAGAGCUAGUUCCUAUUAUAGAAAACCCCCUUGCUGAAUUUGUGGUGACAAUAACUGAAACUGUUUUUCCCACCUUACUUAAUAAUACUUGGGACAGUUGGAUUUUACGUAGCUACUGUGUUUAAAAAUAGUUUUCCAUCUGCCAGUUACAUUUCUGCCUGUAAUAUUGAUGAAAUACCAUAUAUUUUACCUGAGCCAAUCUGAAUGUCUGCAUGGUUGACCUAAAAAAAAGUAACUAAAUAAACCAGUCAGUUUCACAAAUUAACUCAAAAUGGGAUGAGUUGAAUUAUGAGGGAAUUCAUUGCACCUCAGAUGACUGUGCUUGUUACUUGAUAAAAAUUGGACACACUCAAUGUUAUUUUGAAAUAAAUAGUUCGUAGUGUCUUGUCAUGUAAUUGUCUACAGCUGUAGUCUUUCUAAUUUGAGAAGAAAAUGCAGAUUUUUUGAAUAAAGAUUAUUUUCUUGCAGACAAAAUGGUAAUUAGAGUAUGUGUGGAAGUGUCCAUGGAAGAAAAACUUAGAUGUAUGAAAAGGCUGUAUAGUAUGGGAUAAAAAACACUGCUCCCUUGCCCAUUGAAGUGGCAAAAGAAAGAUGCAUUUGAUUCUUGAGGUUUAUGCAGGGCAUACUAGCAAUAUGUUUUAUAAAUUAAACCUUAUGGAGCUUGGGAGGAAAAAUAUAUCACAUAGCUGCCAAAGUAACCUUAUGUGUGAUAAACUAUCAUGUAUGAUGUUGCUCUUAUUUAGAGAUGUUCAUAUUGAAAUUAAACAAAUGCAGUACCAACUUUGAUAUUUCUGUUAAAGGAAAUUCCCCAGUUACGUACUUAUGUGAUCUGUUAGCAAAAAAAUUGAUGACUGUAAUUCUGGUAACUCAAAUGUCACAUUGUUAACCAUGUAGAAUGUUUCAUGUUUUGCUCUGGUGGUAUCUACUGCAGAGAGGCCACUGGAAAUAUAAGCCCUCCAACUGUAAUUACCUUAAUGUUCAAAUAAAAAGUAGUUAAAUGA